CUAUCCAGUGUCUACAGUACUUCACAAUCAUGUCUUCAAACGUGGUAGUUCUUUCCCUUUUGCUUUGCUUCUCUUCAGCUUUUUGUAAUACUGAACUAAACUAUGACACAGUUUACCACGAAUAUGUCAACGAAGUCAUCCAGUUUGAAGCAAUUAAAGAAAAAAUUCAAAGAAGUCUUUUAGACAUAGACGAAGGUACAUGGGUGGCUUUACAAAUGCUUGAUGCUUCUACAAAAAUUCCUUCUGGACUUCUUCAAGGAAACGUUUUUGAUUUAGGAAAUUUCGAUGAGUGCUAUGCUAUUAAAUAUGAAGAUAUAUAUGGCAAAUACUGUUUGGGUACUUUACAGAUGACCUUACCGACACAAAAGUAUUUUGACGUUUUCAAAUUUAAUAACACACAAAGACGACCUAAAUUUAAUAUACAUCCUCAGCCCAGGCUUGCAGACCUUAGUGAAGAGUAUAUAGGGUACCAUUUUGCUGCGUGUGUACCUAGCAACUGGUCAGCUUCAGAUAUUCCAGGUUUGUUAACAUACACCGAAGACAUGUGUUAUUCUAAGGCAACCGAACCAGAAUUGUCACCAGGAGCAAUAGGAACCAUUGUAGUUUUGUCUUUAUUUCUGGCUGCAAUAGUAGCAUCAACGGCUUUUGACAUAUUUCUACAUUACACUAACAAAGAACCUCCACAUGAGUUGUUCAUAUCGUUUUCGGUCUUAACCAAUGGUCGUAAAAUUUUCAAAUCAACUACCAAUCCUGAUCAGUUGUUGUGUUUAAAUGGUAUAAAAGCUAUUAGCAUGAUGUGGGUCAUUAUUGGGCACGAAUAUUCAAAUGCACUGGAUGCACCUCUAUCAAAUGUUCUUGAUGUUGUGGAGUGGCAACAAAAUUCUGCCAACAUGUUUAUAAUGGGUGCUACGGUAUCAGUGGAUACAUUUUUCGUAGUAGGUGGUCUCGUAACAGUUUACACGUUUCUAAAAUCCAUGGAUAAAGGGGUCAAAUUCAACAUAAUACUUUACUACAUUCAUCGUUAUCUUAGAUUAACACCUGCACUAGUUAUUAUGAGUUUGAUUCAUCUAUAUCUAUUGAAUCAAUUUGCUAAUGGACCUUUAUGGAACGUCGUGGAUGUAAUAUUAGUGGAAACGUGCGAAGAGGGUUGGUGGAGCACUCUCCUCUACAUCACCAAUUACGUACAACGUGGAAUAUGUGUACCACAGGCAUGGUAUCUUUCCGUGGACAUGCAACUUUACGUUCUUUCCCCCAUUAUUCUUAUUCCUUUGUGGCGAUGGCCGAAAAUAGGUCUUGGUGCUCUGGGACUUCUAGCUGUUGCUGGAUGUGUAGUACCGUUUGCAAUAGGAUAUUCCGAAAAUUUGGGAACCAUGAUGACUGGUGAUACGACGAAGUACAUGAACGAUUAUUACAUUCAGACCUAUACCAGAUUUGGUCCUUACGUGAUAGGAAUGAUUUUGGGUUAUGUUUUGUACAAGAUCAAAAAGUCUGAAAGGAAAGUGCGAUUGUCACGGUUGACGACAUGUAUCCUAUGGUUAUUUUUUUUGACCGGUCUUACUGCUUGUGUGUACGCCGGUUUUCCAUUGGACGUAGCUAAGGAAGAAGAUAGAUGGGGCAAUUCUAUGUUUUUAGCAUUUAAUAGACCAGCUUGGGCUGUUGCUCUAUCAGGAGUCAUUUUCCUCUGUGUUGCUGGUUACGGUGGACCGAUAGAUAAAUUUCUGUCAUUACCAAUUUUCCAGUUUUUGACCAAACUAUCUUAUUCUAUGUACUUAGUUCAUUACGCUGUUAUCACAGUUAGAUAUUCAGCAAUGAGGAAUCUUUGGAAAUUUUCUGAUAUCGCUGUCAUGCAUGCUUUCUGGGGAGAUUUUAUUUUUACACUAUUUUUAUCCUUAAUUUUGUCCCUGUCUUUCGAAUCUCCAAUUAUCAUCUUGGAGAAGUACAUAUUUGGACGUGGUACAGCUACUCAGGUACAACAAAAGAAGAAACCAGAAGUCUAGUACUCUCGUUAUUAGUUGGAAUAUUUAUUUAUUUAUUUUUGUAUAUAGAAUUUUCUAAUUAAAACUGUUAUACUAUUACUAAUAAUAAGGACCGAAUCCAAUAAAAUGUAGCAAUUUUUUA